AUGCUUGCUCUUCUGUUUGCUAUCAAGUAUUGGAAUCUUGUGUCAGUCACGAUUGCUGCUUUCCUCUUAUCGUUCUUGCUUGUUGGAUGUUUCUCGUCAGAGCUGACAUAUUCGCUGGUUUAUCUUUUAAGGUUGCUGUUCAAUGACUCAGCUGAUUUGGUCUCGCUAAACCUGUCUUUGCCAGACAUAACUUUGAGAGCAGGAUAUUUGGCCAUGUGCGUAAGUGUCGACUCUGCCAUGGAAUGUGUGGCUGCACAUAAUCUGAGCGUUCUUUAUGCUUCCUCUAGUAUUAAGCUUGAAGAAGGAACCAUGAGUCUUACUGAUGUUUCUAGAGGGCUUUCCGAGACAUGCAACCCCCGCCUUCUAGUUUGUUGUAUCAUCUUAAGUCUCUUGUUGAUAGUGCUUAUACUUUGGCUAGCUAUUCCUCUUGUGCCAGGAAAAAUGUUUAUUCGCCGAGUGACGCUUGCACUUGGGGUGUUGACGGUUCUUUUGUGGGGGUUAGGAGCAAUGCUUCAACACCAAACGGUUCUGACCGCGGUGAAGCUCGUGGAAAUGAGCUCAUUGGGGCUAAUCAAGUUGAAUCGUGGGGGUCGAGCAGAGGCCAUGACGUGGACAGCAUUUCUGUUUUUGUUCGUGGCUACAAUUGGCGUUGGAUUCGAAAACUGGAAGGAAGUACAGCCGCAGGUCAAAGAACAGAAAAGAUACGGAAGUUGA